CCAACACCAAAAAUGAAUUUAAUGUUUCGCAAGAAUUUCCGUGAGGGUGCCAGCGGUAAGACGGGUGGCGGCGGUACCAAAUUGCAAACGAAAGCAAAUCGUACAAAACGUUCGCGUGAUAUGGGUCUAACAUCGCAAUCCGAUGACAUACACUACAGGACACAUCUGUUUUUCUCACCGAAUCGGCCGGGUUAUGAUGUGGGCGAAGAAGAACUCAUUGCAGAGCGGUGCAGUGGCUUUACCGGUGCUUGUAGUCCAACAACCAUCAACACAACCGGCACGCUUCCACUGUCACCCAUACAGCAUGAGUCUAUGGAUGCACCACAGCCCCUAGUUGAUCGCAAGCCCUCUGUAUCGCUAUUACGAUGGAGCAACAACAGCAACAACAACCACAACGGCAACAACAACAACAGCAGUAACACUAGUUAUGGCAUAUCGAGUGGCGGUUCGACCAUGGGACCCAACAGUGGCUUAGUUUCAACUGGCGGUGUACGCAGCGAACCCAUAUCAUUGGCCACCCUGGAUCGUGAUUGUUUUAUAAUACCUGUACAUAGUGUAGAUCGUUUUCUGCCAGCUGGCAUACCGCUGCCACCAUCCCCAGUCGAUGGUACGUCAACGAAACCUUCCAGCCCUCUCAGUGUUCUGGAGGUAUCCGAUCCCAAAUUAUGCAUUUUAGUCCAUCUGAUGAGUCCUCUUGAACCCAUCGAUCCUGUUCUCGAAUCCCCCUUGGCCCAUCCACUGUUGAAGCAGCGUUCAGUGGCAUCAGAACUAUUAACUGAAGUGCAACAGGCCAAUACAGCUGUGGGUGGUAUGCUAUUGGCCAAUAUGGAGAAAAUUUCCGAAUUUCCUUUUAUUACCUAUUAUGUUAUAAAUACCACACAAACGGAUCCUUCAAACUUUUAUUCGGGCAUAAGAGUUUCAUCGUUAUCGAAAUUUGAGCCAAAAAAUUUAAGAUACACUGCCGCUCAUACCCUAGAUUUAUACAGUGAAGUGGCUGCCAUAUGUCGUCCUCCAUUACAACUGGCCCCCAGUGAAAGUGGCAGCUUUAAGAAGACACAAACUCCGGCCACCGGUUAUAUUAUUUCAGUAUUUAAGGUCUUUGAAGGCGAUGACGGUGAACGCUUUGAAAAGAAUUGGCUUUAUUGGACGGGUGCUAGAAUGUUAUACAGAUAUUUACCACGUACAGCCGGUUUACGGCGCAUAUCUUUGCAUAAAAGCACUUCCCAACGUGGCGAUAAAAUGUACCUGCUUAUCUGUGAGUGUGCCGAACUGCUAAAGGAUAUCAAUGCUGCUGCCGUUUUAAUACCUGCCCUAAGAGCUCGCCUGUGUGGCUAUACGGGGUUAUAUAGGCCAAUACAAGCGUUUUAGUUAGUAAAAAGAAGAACAGAAAAAA